GAAGCCUUUAUGCUGGGAAAAUGAAACGCAGCGUUUCAUGCUGCUGCAAAGAGGCAAAGCUGAUAGGGUUUUCUUUCUUACGUUCAUUUUGCACAGAGAGGCUUAAAUCAUUUGGGGCUUUCUCCCAACUCUCUCACUCGAGCUAGGGUUCGUCAGCGCUGAAGAGGAGAAAAAGUGAGACGCGUUCCAUGGAUGAAAUCGGUAGCUCCAAAGCCCAAAUGAAGCCAGCCCAAGAAGUUAAUUAGACCAGAAAGAUGAUGAUCGGAAGCUGUUGAACGGGUUGAAGAGCAAGGUCAGAGUUAGUUGGAGUUGGAGGUACUCAAUAAUAUUCCAAAGAAUAUUUUUGGAGAGGCUGGGUUGAGUGUGGGGAAUGAGAGAAUGGGUAAGGUGUCGUCGAAGGAGAAGACUCGAAGGGUUAAGGCAAGGAGGCAGUCACGGAGCUCCGGGAAAAAGUACCUGAGGCCGGAGACUCUUGCUCAGCUUCGCUGCUCCAAGCUUUCGGAAUCAAGGCCUCCAUGGUUUCGUCAACGCCUUGCAGGUUUUCUCUCAGUGGUUUGAAUUUCUUGGUCAGAAAGUUCCUCCUGGAUUUCCUGGUUCUCCUUAUUCCAUACUUUUUAAGACAGUCACUUUUGAUCCAUCUCCAAUGAAACUUAUGAAUGCAUCUGUAUAUUCAUGUAAUGACACUUCACUGGGUUGCUCUUGUGGUGAUUGUCCUUCUUCAUCUGUUUGCGCGGCUCCUGAACCUUCUCCACCCAGCAAAGAUCCAUGUGCCAUUAGAAUUGGGUCUUUAAAGGUUGAAACAGCAUAUGCAUAUUUUUUUAUGAUUAAUUUUCACUUGCCUUAUGACUGAAUAAAUUCUGCAUUUGUUUUCUCUCAAAAUUAUUGCCUCACUGAUCUAGUGCAAAAUUUGGUUGUCUACCGAAAAGCUUUCGUUCAACUUUGAUGCAUGUCAUGAAAUUGGUUUCUGUGUGAUGAUACCUACCGGUCAGGUGUGUGGAUUUUUCAUUAGCCAUCUUGUACAUUGUAUUGGUUUUCGUGUUGUUUGGGUGGGCAUUGUUGCAGAGAAGAGGAAGGAGGGGACUCGAAUCUAGUGUGGAACCACUGUUGAAUCAUUCUAUGCAAUUUCCCUUCCCUUUUAUGAUAAAGGCAAAGUGUAGCAGAAUCAGCACACUGCUUUUUACUAAUUUGAUGAUUAACUGCUUUGCGAAACAAAAGUCUGAGAUCUCAAUUUCGUAUAGUCCGAAGUAAACUUUCUAGGUCGCCUUUCCCAUCUUAAUCUUGUUAAGCUGUUGGGAUACUGUUUGGAGGAAACAGAGCUUCUUCUCGUCUAUGAAUUCAUGCAAAAAGGGAGCAUAGAAAACCAUCUAUUUGGAAGGGGUUCUGCCGUUCAACCACUUCCUUGGGACAUCAGGCUUAAGAUAGCAAUUGGAGUAGCUCGUGGUCUUGCAUUCUUGCAUACAUCCGAGAAAGUAAUUUACAGAGAUUUUAAAGCCUCAAACAUUCUGCUUGAUGGGUCCUAUAACGCCAAGAUAUCAGAUUUUGGCUUGGCAAAGUUGGGUCCUUCAGCUAGUCAAUCUCACGUGACAACAAGGGUGAUGGGCACAUACGGUUAUGCAGCUCCUGAAUAUGUGGCCACAGGGCAACUAUAUGUCAAGAGUGAUGUAUACGGGUUUGGAGUUGUUUUGGUGGAAAUACUAACAGGGCUACGACUACGAGCACUUGAUUCGAACCGGCCAAGCGGGCAACAUAAUCUAACAGAGUGGGUGAAACCAUACCUUCAUGACCGAAGAAAGUUGAAGGGCAUUAUGGAUUCUCGAUUGGAAGGAAAGUUUCCAUCGAAAGCUGCAUUCCGUAUAGCUCAGCUUGCUUUAAAAUGUCUUGCAUCUGAACCCAAACAGCGGCCAUCAAUGAAGGAGGUUUUGGAGAGUUUGGAGCGAAUUCAAGCAGCCAAUGAAAAGCCUGUGGAGCCUAAAUUACNAUCUAAUCAUNCUCGUCAAGCCCACCAGGCUGUGCACCAUCGUUCUCCCCUUAAAGACGGUAGUUAUUAGUUUCUCCUGAGAAAACUAAUCCCUUUGGUUGUGUUGUUUUGUCUCCAUUCAAGAGUUUGCCACUUGUUCAUUUGUAAUGUAUUUCUUGGACUCAGAGAUUUGUACGGAUAAACUAAACAUAUAUUAGUAUUGUAAAGUGUAAAUCAUCGUUUGUGUUCUGUUUAAACAAAUGGCAAGGUCCAUGACAACAGUAUCAGAAAAGUGGCUGCAUUAAAAUUGGCGAGUCUUUCUUGAUUCCAA